AUGACCUCCUCACCCUUGCGACCCGGCGCAACGCUAGAGGAUGAACUGGACUACUACAAGAAACAAUACGAGCAACUGGAGACCGACCUCGCCGACUUCCAAGCCUCCAGCAAAGAACUCGAAGAGCAACUCGAACGCGACAUCGAAGCGGCCGAGAAGAACGAGCGCAAACUCAAGGAGCAGGUGGAGAAGUUGGGCUUCGAGACAGAAGAAUGGAAGACGAAGCACAAGCAGGCCAAGGCGGAAGCGAACAGUGCCCAGAAUGCGCUGCAAAAGGAGAUCACGACGAUGCGGGAGUCGAGUCGGGCGAUGCAGCUGAACUUGAGGGAUAUCGAGGUUGUGAACGAUGAUUAUGAGCGGCAGGCGCGGAAUACGGAGUCGAGUCUGGAGGAUCUGGAGAGUAAGUAUAAUGUCGCGAUUGAGCGAGCGGUGAUGUUGGAGGAGGAGAUUAAAGUCGGUGAGCAAGAGCGGGAGGCGUUGAGGAUAGAGACCCAGCGUUUGCGGGACGAUUAUGGGGAUCUGAAGGUCGAGAGCGAUAUCACGCAGGAGAAAUUGCGUUUGGCGGACGAGACGAUCGAGCGUCUGAGGUCGCGGAAACCGAGUCCAUUGGCAGUGGAGUACUUGCGAGCCAAGAGUCCGGCGAGUGAAGCUAGUGGUGUGACGCCCAAUUCUCCUACUGCUUCUACGCCUCCGCCGAAAUCAGACACCUUCUCAGAAGCAGCGACGCCGCCUUCGCCUCCGCUGUCCGAUGCGCCUGUGCAUGCGAAAGCGGAGUCGAGGACACCCGCGCCUGGAAAGCGGACGUCACUCAUUCCUGAUUCUGGCGCGACGCCGAGACAGUCGUUGUAUGGCCCACGAACUGCGUCAAAACAUACUCGAGGUCCGUCUAUGGUGUCGAGUAAGAGCUCUUCGAAUGCGGCCGCAGAUGGAAAGAACUCGAUGCGUCCACCUACUUCAACGGCGAGGACGAUCAAGCGACCAAGCAACGCCACAGGUGGUGAGAGUCUACCUCGGUCGGACUCUUUAUACCAAAUCAAAGCUCUCCGCGGCCGCAUGCAGAAGAUCGAAGAACGAGUGCACUCCGCUCGCUCCAAACUCCCACCUCCCGGCUCACGAACACCCACCGGCUCUCCUCGCACCGGCUCAGCAACAGGUUCAACAACAGAGCACCUUCCAGCAUCCGUAACGAUGCGAAGAAGUAUGAAGCGACCUAGCGGGAGCAUGGCAUCAUCCCUGGCAAACGAUAUCACCCAGACGCCCGAGGAAAGCGAAAUAAAACCCGCCACAGCAGCAGCAGCAUCGAGAAGAGAAAGCCAUAUCAAGCGUCUAAGCUACGGUGUCCCACGCCCCGCUUCCUCCGCCGCAGUUGCAGGCGAGCGUCCGCCCUCAGCCCUCGACCGCCCCACCUCUUCAGCAUCCAACCACCGCCCCACCAGCCGAACAAGUAUGGUAGGCGGUGGCGGCGGCAGCACUCUCGGCCGACCAAGCAGUCGAGCAGGGGCCCGAACACCAAUGAGCGGAAUGGCUUCUUCUCCCCCCAAAGCAGCCACAUUGUUCGGAUCUUCGGUCUCCAGACCAAGAUCGAGCAUGGGAGGCACCUACGCCACCGUCCACGGCAACCCCCGCUCUCACCGCCCCAGCGCCAGCGUCUCCGAACUCCGACGUUUAGCUGGUGGCGGGAGCGAGGACUCGGGCCUGGGUAAUUUCGGGUUCCCCGUUGCUACCACGUCAGGUAAUAGGAGGACGACACUCGAACGGGGUAGUGGUGUCGGGACCUCCAGUCUCUCUGCACUGGGAACGCGAAGAAGACAAAGUGGACAAUUACAGCCGCAGCAGCUCCAGCUCCAGCAGCCUUCGCUUAAGACGCUUAGGCGAAUGAGCACCGGGUUGCAGGGGCCGAAGGAGGGGGAGAUGAGGCCGCCGCAGCGGCCGCCGAGUAGGAGGAAGAUGAGUGAUGUUGGGGAGACUUACUAA